AUGCGCUUGUCUUUGCCAAGGGGUAGUGAUGCAGGUCAAUGUUUUAGCAUGGAUGACACAUCUAAAGAGGUAGUCUACAAGGAAGCAACUUCAAAGGAAGUUGAGAAUGACACAAGUUUUGAGGAGCAACUUUUGGAAACAACAUCUUCACAAGAUUACCGAAAUAAGGAGUAUGAGCAAGCAACCCUUAAGACACGUGUGGAGAUAAAACCAAGUUCAACACCACCUGAUCUUGCUUUUAAGAUCACCCUCAUUAAGGCUAAGUUGAUAUCAAGCACUCUACAUGAAAAGAAAUGGUUCAAACCUUUACAUGUUUGUAUUGAUCUCAUGGCUGUAAUAAUACACUUGUUCUUCGCCAAAAGUGUCAACAACAUUGCUGGUACAAGAGAGGAUCAUAAAAGCAAUAUAUCGGAGAUGAAAAGACCCAUAAAUAUUCCAAAUCAAAACCGGGGUAAAUCAGCACCAUUGGUGAUCACCCCAUUCCUUAAGGAGACUAGAAGAUUCCCGAAAUCUUGUUUAAUUAAACAGGAACCACCGGAUCUCAAAGCUCAAGCUCAGAUCCAAGGAGGAGCUAAGGACACUACAACAUCAACCAUGAUACCAGAUCAAAACCAAGGCAUGAUCCUAUCUUUCUUGCUCAAAGGAGAGCAACUUGAUGCACCACACAUCACAAAACCAAAACCAUACCGAGGGAGAGGGUAUGAUGCAGACAUCAGAACUAAACCAAACCGAGAGUAUGGCGAACCAACCAGUCCACACACCAAACCGGUCCACGAAGAACAUCUUGGAGAAUCUUUUCCCAAAUGGAGUUCUGAUCAAUCACAAAGAGAAGGGUUAAUUAUUCAUCAUCAAAUUAACCCUAAAGAGUCCAAUGGUUCAAGAGGGAUCAAGCAUCAACAAGUCAAAUUAUCUCAUUGUUGGGAUAUGACUGUUGCACUUUUUUUCCCUUGUCUAGGGUUUUUCCCACUAGAUUUACCUAGAAAGGUUUUUAAUGAGGCAACACCAAAUCGUCAAGGAAUCACUUACCAUUCAUCUGAUUCAAAGAUGACACAAGAAGUCAUAGCUGAAGUACUUGUUGGACUACUCGCUGGACCUUUUGAACUACUCGCUGACAGACAUGCUAAACUACUCGCAGAUGAAUCAGACAUCAUUGCAAGCUAUGAAGAGUUUCGGCCUUUUGACACUUGGACCAGCCCUAGAGGAAGCCCACACACCUAUUUGAUUCACCACAAGUCCCCAGCCCAUGGAGAACAACUCAAGAGAAGACCCAAGUCUAAACCACCCUUUGAAUCAUCUUUUAUUCAAGAAGUUGAGAGAUCCUUUGGCUCAAAGAAGAUGGUGCCCAAAACCCUUCAACCAUACACGAUUCUUCUUUCUCUCGAUGGCAACAAAGUUCUCCUACAAGCCUUUUAUGACGUUUUAAAACUCUUCAACAAGGGUGUGUUGUCUCGUGAGGAUCUUCUCGAUGAGAUCAAAAGCUUCAGACUACAACAUCUUUAA